GAUCAGUUUUUUUCUGCCUCGAGCCGAUUCAUAAACAAACCUCGCGAGCUGGUCAACUGGUCAGAGUGCUAGUUAACUGCUAGUUAAUUGGUUUAAUCGCAACCUUCCCAUUCAGUAUCCCCCUCAGCUUUCGUUAUUACACCCAGGAUGGAAACGGAUCCACAGGUACCAUCUGAGCUCUCGUUUGAAGAAAGAGAAGAACUAGAAAACAUUAGACGGAGGAAAAAAGAACUGAUGGCUGACAUUGAGAGGCUGAAAGAUGAGAUAGCUGAAGUAAUGAGUGAGAUUGAGACACUGACUUGUACUGAUGAAAGUAAAACAACUCAGAGGAAUAAACAAAUGGCUAUGGGGAGAAAGAAAUUCAACAUGGAUCCCAAGAAGGGGAUCCAGUUUCUAAUUGAAAAUGACCUGCUCCAGAACACUCCAGAAGACAUUGCCCAGUUUUUAUACAAAGGUGAAGGAUUAAACAAAACAGUCAUUGGUGAUUAUUUGGGUGAAAGAGAUGAAUUUAACCUCAAGGUUCUUCAAGCAUUUGUUGAACUUCAUGAGUUUGCUGACCUUCAUUUAGUACAAGCUUUGAGGCAGUUUCUAUGGAGCUUCAGGUUGCCAGGUGAGGCACAGAAAAUAGAUCGAAUGAUGGAAGCAUUUGCCUCUCGAUAUUGUCAGUGCAAUCCUGGGGUGUUCCAGUCAACAGACACUUGCUAUGUGCUUUCAUUUGCCAUAAUUAUGCUAAAUACAAGUUUGCACAACCCUAAUGUGAGGGACAAACCUGCAGUGGAAAGAUUUAUAUCCAUGAAUCGGGGCAUUAAUGAAGGAGGAGACCUCCCAGAGGAAUUGCUAAGGAACUUAUAUGAUAGUAUUAAGAAUGAACCUUUCAAAAUCCCAGAAGAUGAUGGGAAUGAUUUGACCCACACGUUUUUUAACCCUGAUCGAGAAGGCUGGCUAUUAAAAUUAGGAGGAAGAGUAAAAACUUGGAAACGUCGAUGGUUCAUUCUCACAGACAAUUGCCUCUAUUACUUUGAAUACACAACAGACAAAGAACCUAGAGGAAUAAUUCCUUUAGAGAAUCUCAGCAUUCGGGAAGUUGAAGAUCCAAGAAAACCUAACUGCUUUGAACUUUUCAAUCCCAGUCACAAAGGUCAGGUAAUCAAAGCCUGCAAGACUGAAGCUGAUGGUCGGGUAGUUGAAGGCAACCAUGUGGUUUACAGAAUAUCUGCACCAACACCAGAGGAAAAAGAUGAGUGGAUAAAAUCGAUCAAAGCCAGUAUCAGCAAGGACCCAUUCUAUGACAUGCUGGCCACUAGGAAAAGAAGAAUUGCCAAUAAAAAGUAACCCUGCACAGACAGACGAGCCCCGAGGUGCCUGUUGGUGCUGAACCACAUACCAGUCUUUGGAAGCUUUUUAGAACAAAAUGAAGGAAGCUACAUAAACUCCAAAAAGGAGGAUGGUUUAUUGGGCAUUCUUCUGCCUUGAUCUUUUUUAAAAAAAGUGUUAAGACAGGACCUUCAACCAAGGUAAUGUGCAGCUGUGUGAAAUUCUGUUACUACAAUUUAAAAAAAAAUUUUUGCACAAAUUAGUUUCUUUCGAAGGGUAAAUAUGACGCAGCACAUCUGACCCAGCUGGCCUGAGGCCAGAGUGCAGGUGGUUGGAUGACUUUUUUUUGCAUAAACAAGUUAGCUGCAUCUACACAAGGAAAACAAUUGUUUUUAUCAACAUAUUUUUAUCAAUUUAUAUUCCAAAACUGUAAUCAUUAAUUUGAAAAUUAAACAACUGUAAAAUACUUUAAAUAUUGCUAGAAUGAGUGAAACUAUAUAGAAGAACAUUAAUCAUUCUUGUUACAACAGCCACAAAUUAGUGUUGUUCUCAUCAAGAAUGAUCAUAAUUUAAUAUAUAAUCUGCAGUAUAACAUGGUAAUUGUAUAUUUAU